ACCUGGUAUUGGACUGAUUUCGCAUGUGGUAAAACCUGUAUUACCAGAAAUAGAAGAAGAUGCAGUUCCUUUGGUAUAAAUGUACAUUGAAAAACAUCGUAACCUUGCAAUCAGGUGGAAACCACCACUACCAACUGAUACAUCAUCUUGGCAUUUAACUCAGUACAGCAAUCUAGAAAGCUGCAAAAAUACAAUCAUCCGGCAAGCAACUGCAGUAUGCAUAUCAGAUGAUAAAGAUAUUUUAUCCAAUCAGCGGACUGCUCUUAUAAAAUAUAUGAUGAGCCAAAAUGAUCCAAGGGUAUCUGGACGUCCAAGAGCUCGAACUCAGUUACAGUAUCUCACAAACAUGGAACAGCUGUCUACUGCCUCUAAUACGAGUCUUGAUGAAAAUGUUGAAAGUUCAGAAGCAGAACCCUUAACAAAUCAAAAAGCAACUUACGAGGAUGUUGAAAGAGAACUAGCUGAAAGCGACGCCAAAAGGAUAAAACUUGAAAUUGACCAAAGGGAAAUGCAACAAAGGAUCAUUGCUCUCGAAGAAGAAAUAAAAACACUAAAAGAAGAUCCAGUUCGCAUACUUACUUCAACUGUUCGUGAGCACACUGUUAUUAUUCAAAGGUUCAUAGACGGAUCAGCAACAGAUCGACCAACCGUUGGCCAACUUCCUGGUACACCAAGACCUUCUCCUGGUUCAAAAGUUUCAACAACACCUGAUACAUUUACUCCAGUGAAAUUCCAUGGUAAUGUUACCAUUAAUCCACAAAAAUUGAGGGAAGCUAUUAUUUCUGGACGUACGAAAACACAAAACCCACAUAGGCGAUUAAACAAAACCGUUUCAAUUUUGUUAUCAGCGUGGUAUGAGCCAGCAGAAUUAGCUCAGUUUAGUCUAGCUGGGAAAGCAUGUCCUAGCAUUCCUGGAAGUAUUCCUAAGCCCAAGUUUCCGGAAGAUAUCCUAGAAGCAAUCGAAAGGUUCUUGAUUCCAAAAUGGGAAACUUGGCAUAGCAUCAUUUUAACCCCUGAACAAAUCAAAACUUCCGUUGGGGAUCGCUUGUUGUCAUGUCAUACGAGUGAAAAAAAGUUAAAGAAGAAGCAAGCAGCCUUUGAAUGUGCGGCAGAAAAUGGUGACGGGGGAAGUGCAGAAAAUGGUGAUGGACGAAGUGCAGAAAAUGAUGAUCUCAACCCAUCAGAUUACGAUUAGUUUUCAUCUCCU